GUAUAAGACAUCCAUGUGAGACCAAAUUUGACAAUCAUCUGCAGGAUCUGGAGCACAGCAAUUACACACUGAACAUCCCGCUGAUUCCCACAACCCCCGAGGAGAUGGAGGACAUGUUCAGACUGUGUUCCCAUGUUCGCUUUAGAAUUCCUCAGCAGAUUCUUCAAGGACUGGUCGACGUCCGACAGCCUCACAACACAUUUUAUCAAGAGGUGUUUAUGGAGAUUGUUGGUGAGAAAUCAAGAUAUGCCUUACAGGAUCACUUGCAUCUGAUAACUGCACCUUUACAAGUGAUAUGGGGCAAACAAGACCAGGUGGUGGAUGUGUCUGGGGCUGCAGUCAUUGCAGAGAUGUUGCCCGGAUGCAGAGUGGACCUGCUGGAGAACUGCGGCCACUCUGUGGUGAUGGAGAGGCCUUGUCGGACAGCCAAACUCAUCCUGGAGUUCAUCAUCCUGCAGCAGAAUGCCAGGGGUGGCAUGAAGAAAUCUUCCUGAAAAAAAAAAAAAAAGACUGUCAAUCAGCUCCUUCUAUCCUAACGCUUCAUAUGCUUUUUGUAGACAGAUGCACAUACUUCAGAAAUGAUUGCAGUAGGCAGGAGUUGCAGUGCUCCUGCAUUGCAUUAUGUGUUAUAAAUCACAUUUCAUUUGUAAUGUGGACUGCUAAUAAAAAACCCUGUGCAUGAA